AUGGGCAGGGACCAGACUGCGGCGAUGGACGUGGAUGCGUGGAAGGCCUUUGGCGGCAAGGUGGACGGCAAGGUAUACGUCGCUCCUGGAGGCGAGCGGCUCAAGAGCUGGAAGGCUGCCGCGAAGCUGAUGACGGACUUUAACAAAGAUGCUCCGACCAGUGCCGGCACCAAGCGCACUGCUGAGGCCGCUGCUGAUCGCAGCGAGGCCGACGCCAAGGGCGGCAAAGAGAACAAGAACAAGAAGCCGGCCACCAAGAAGACGAAGGCCGCCGCCACUGCUGCCCCUGCUGGUGACAACACCAUUGCUAUGGCCACUGACGGCCCUGACGUCAAGGCCGACGCCAACGCGGGCAACGCCGGCGUGGCCGAGGACGACGACGUCGCAGCGGCAGCGCAGCCAGUGGGCUCUGGCAGGCGCGCAGCGCAGGGUGCGCAAUACAAGGACGGUGACUCCAGCCGCGCCCGCAAGGCUGACAUCAUUGUCGCUGAGGAGGAGCCCACAGCUGCCGGCGAGGCUGAUGGCAUCCGCGAGACGCAGGGAGAGCGACCCAGCAGCACGCGCAGGCUGCUGCACUUUACUGUCGCGGACAAGGCCGGCAUCAUGCAGCCCCUUGACCGCCUGGGCCUCAGCGGCGAGCCCCUUUUUGCCUCUGGUGCGGUCUACCCGGAGGAGGGCCCCCUCAACAAGCCGCUCGGCCGCCACGUCGACAGCCUCGGCCCCAUCAAGGGCUGGUCAUUGACGCCCCCCACCGGCGCAGCCACUGGCCCUGUCAUCCGCCUGACCACGCAGCUGGGCUGCUACACGCUCUCGCGUCCCCUGCAGGCCUACAAGAAGCUGUGGGCCGAGCUGCAGGCGCAGGCCACGCUGGCUGUGGAGGUCAUGCAGGCGGUUGAUCCAGCAUUGAAUGGCAACGCCGCGGCAACGUUUGACGAGGUUGUGUCGCGCCUUGCACGCUUCAAGGCGGUGUACAAGGGCUACGCAUCUGCGCGAGAGGCGCUGCUUCUCAACGGCCGCUUCAUCCUGCGCCAGCUUGAUGCUGCCGACAGGGCGCGCCGGGGCGCGGCGCCCAGCGGCAAGGACAAGGGCAAGGGCGCCGCUGGCGCCACCGAGUGGGCCUUCUACAAGGGCCUUGAGGCUGAGUUGGCCAAGGGCCCUGUGGCUGUGGGCACGCUCAUGACGGCGGGUGGCGGCAUCAAGAUUGCCGACAACGGGGGUGCUGCCACUUCCCCAGCGGCACCUGCAGAUGACGCCAUGGCAGCUGACGAGGAGAUGGCGCGCCGCCUGCAGGCGCAGAUGGACGCGCAGGCGUAUGGCAGCAGCGGUGGCAACAGGGGCCGUGGCAGCGCCAGCGCAGCGGCAGCUGCCGCCUACAUCAAGAUCUCUGAGGAGGAGAUUGCCGAUGACUACCCCAUGCCCAAGCAGUAUGAAAAGGAAGAUGACGAGGAGGAUGAGCUGGCUCUGCUCUGGGAUGAGGAGCUGGCGCAGCUUGACCCCGACGCCCUGCCCCGCCGCCUCGUCACCGAUUUUUCAGUCUACAACGCAGAGGGCUUUAUGACCACGCUGGAGCUGCUGCCCAUGUGGAGCGGCGUUGACCCUGACGAGGAGGUUUUCGUGUCGGGCGUGGUCAAGGACGACGAUGGGGACUGGGGCGUCGGCGGCCAAGGUCUCGGCCAGGAGGACACCCCUGCGCCUGCCCCCGCCAAGGAGACCGAAGCUGGCGGCAGCAGUGCAGGCGGCAGCAGUGCAGGCGGCAGCAGUGCAGGCGGCAGCGGCUCAGGCGGUAGUGGUUCUGGUGGCGGCACUGCGCCUGGCCCUGACAUGCCUGCUGCCCCUGCAGAUCCCGUCAUGGUGGGCGGCACGCGCAUGUUCCUGUCCCAAUGUCGCGAGUGGGUCGUCGAGUACAGUGCCGACCAGCUGUUCCUGUCCAUCCGCACUGAUGCUGGCUGGUACAGACUUUGCAGGCCCUCCACCAAGUAUGCGCCCUGGUUCCGCGUGCCGCUCAAGGCCGCGCGCCUGGCGGUCAAGGUGAUUGGCCUGCUGUCCGAGGCUGAGCGUGCCAGCCGCUUGAGCUUUGCCGACGCCAUCAAGCGCCUGGCAGAGGAGCCCCAGGGCAGCCCCCUGUUCAUCUCCAAGAACCGCGACCGCGUGGAGCGGUUUGUUGUGGUGCACGGCCAGAUUUUCCUCAACCAGAUCAAGGCCUUCCCCAAGCAGGGGUUGAACCUCGCAGCACAGCUGUCCCUGUUUGCCCCUUGGACCACUCGCGGCUGA